UGUCCAGUCCGGACCGUGGUGGUGGCCUUGCCUAGAACGGCCUUUCCAGUUUGCAGCCGCAGCGAAGCACCAGACAAAUCCCACCUCCGGCCCCGCCCGUCCCAUCCGUCUUGCACCGAAGGCGACGCUUCUUGGGAGAAGCAAGCCGCUGGGAGGGGAAAUCCAGGCUUUAAGGACUCCCGACAGGUGUCUGAGAGAGAGGGCGGAGUCAGGGUAGGAAUGAUGGAGAGGGAGGGGCGGCGCUGCCCCUUUAAGAGGCGGCGGCCGAGCGGAGACCUUUUCUCUUUCCCCGGAAGGAAAGCGGAGCCCGGGCUGGGCGCGCAAGGUGGGGAGGUGCAGGGCUGGGCAGUGGGGAGGCGGGGCACGCGCAGGAGAGACUCCCUCCCUCCUGCCCUCCUGGCGGUCGAGGGUUUGCCUUUUCAGAUCCUCCACCUAGCUGAGAUCCAAAGAGCUAACACCGCCAAGGGGGCGCGGCCAGGACCAUCUAGGUUGCGGGGUGCCCGGAGUCGGGCACGGUGACCUGUCCACCGGACCAGCGGGAGAGUAGAUCCACAGACCUGAAAAGAGGAGUGGAGAAGCGCCACCCCAGAGCAGACGUGAAGCUGGUCCGGACCAGGGCAAGAAAUUGUCUGGGACUCCGGUCGCAGUGGCGCUGCGGGCUCGGGUGUCCUCUGGCGGCGCCUGGAGCAGGUGAACCGUUCACCACCCCCAGUGCUGAGCCCUCCUGUGUUGUCGGCCCGCCCGGCUCGCACUCGCGGCCAUGGGCCCCAGACCCCGCUGCGCGCCCCGCGACCCCGGCUGGAUGCUCGGCACCCUGGCCUUGAUGGUGGCGGCUAGCGGCCGGGUCGCCUUCGCCUUCAACCUGGACACCCGAUUCCUGGUGGUGAAGGAGGCGGUGAACCCGGGUAGCCUUUUCGGCUACUCGGUCGCCCUCCAUCGGCAAACCGAGCGACAGCAGCGCUACCUGCUUCUGGCUGGUGCUCCCCGGGACCUCGCUGUGGCUGAUGGCUACACCAACCGGACCGGCGCUGUGUACCUGUGUCCCCUCACUGCUCUCAAGAACGAUUGUGAACGGAUGGACAUCUCAGAGAAAAGUGACCCUGACCAUCACAUUAUUGAGGACAUGUGGCUUGGGGUGACUGUGGCCAGCCAGGGCCCUGCAGGUAGAGUCCUGGUCUGUGCCCAUCGCUACACCCAGGUGCUAUGGUCCGGGCUAGAGGACCAGCGGCGUAUGGUGGGCAAGUGCUACGUGCGUGGCAACGACUUACAGCUGGACCCUGGUGACGACUGGCAGGCCUACCACAAUGAGAUGUGUAACAGCAACACUGACUACCUGCAGACUGGCAUGUGCCAGCUGGGCACCAGCGGUGGCUUCACCCAGAACACCGUGUACUUCGGUGCCCCUGGAGCCUACAACUGGAAAGGAAACAGCUACAUGAUUCAGCGCAAGGACUGGGAUUUAUCUGAAUAUAGCUAUAAGGGCUCCGAGGACCAAGGAAACCUCUAUAUUGGGUACACAGUGCAGGUAGGCAGUGCCGUCCUCCAUCCCACGGACAUCACUGUUGUGACGGGCGCCCCACGGCACCAACACAUGGGCGCUGUCUUCUUGCUGAGACAAGAGGCAGGCGGAGACCUGCGGAGGAGGCAGGUGCUGGAGGGCACGCAGGUGGGCGCUUAUUUUGGCAGCGCCAUCGCUCUGGCAGACCUGAACAACGAUGGGUGGCAGGACCUCCUGGUAGGUGCUCCCUACUACUUUGAGCGAAAAGAGGAGGUAGGGGGUGCCGUCUACGUCUUCAUGAACCAGGCGGGCACGUCCUUCCCGAAUGAAUCCUCCCUCCUGCUUCAUGGCCCCAGUCGCUCUGCCUUUGGCAUCUCUAUAGCCAGCAUCGGUGACAUCAACCAGGAUGGAUUCCAGGACAUUGCCGUGGGAGCUCCAUUUGAGGGCUUGGGCAAGGUAUACAUCUACCACAGCAGUUCCAGAGGACUCCUCAAGCAGCCCCAGCAGAUAGUCCAUGGAGAGAAACUAGGACUGCCUGGCUUGUCCACCUUUGGCUACUCUCUGAGUGGGAAGAUGGAUGUGGAUGACAACUUCUAUCCAGACCUGCUAGUAGGGAGCCUGUCGGACCACAUUGUGCUGCUGCGGGCCCGGCCUGUCAUCAAUAUUCUCCAAAGGACCUUGGUGGCCAGGCCAGCUGUGUUGGACCCCUCACUUUGUACUGCUACCUCCUGUGUUCAGGUGGAGCUGUGCUUUGCCUACAAUCAGAGUGCUGGGAACCCCAACUACAGGCGGAACAUCACCCUGGCUUACACACUGGAGGCUGACCAGGACCGCCGCCCACCCAGGCUCCGAUUUGCCCGCAGCCAAUCCGCUGUCUUCCAUGGAUUCUUCUCCAUGCCAGAGACACGUUGCCAGACACUGGAAUUACUGCUGAUGGACAACGUCCGUGAUAAACUCCGUCCCAUUGUUAUUGCCAUGAACUACUCCUUACCUGUGCCCAUGCCGGAUCGCCUCAAACUGGGGAUGCGGUCUCUGGAUGCCUACCCAGUUCUCAACCAGGCACAGGCUCUGGAGAACCACACUGAGGUCCACUUCCAGAAGGAGUGCGGGCCGGACAACAAGUGUGACAGCAACCUGCAAAUGCGAGCGGCCUUCGUGUCUGAGCAGCUGCAGCCUCUAAGCAGGCUCCAGUACAGCAGAGACACUAAGAAACUGUUCUUGAGCAUCAAUGUGACCAACACGCCGAGCCGCGAGCGUGCCGGGGAAGAUGCCCACGAGGCACUGCUCACCUUGGGGGUGCCGCCCGCCCUGCUACUAUCCUCCGUGCGCCCAUCCGGGACCUGCCAAGCUAAUGAGACCAUCCUGUGUGAGCUAGGAAACCCCUUCAAAAGGAACCAGAGGAUGGAGCUGCUCAUCGCCUUUGAGGUCAUUGGGGUGACACUGAACACAAGGGACCUUCAGGCACAGCUGCAGCUAUCCACGUCAAGUCACCAGGACAACUUGCAGCCCAUGACCCUGACCUUGGAGGUGGACUACACACUCCAGGCCUCACUCAGCUUGAUGACGCAUCGGCUACAGAGCUUCUUUGGUGGGACAGUGAUGGGCGAGGCCGGCAUGAAAACUGUGGAGGAUGUGGGAAGUCCGCUGAAAUAUGAAUUCCAGGUGAGCCCUGUGGGAGACAGGCUGGCGGCCUUGGGCACACUGAUCCUAGGUCUGGAGUGGCCCUAUGAAGUUACCAAUGGCAAGUGGCUGCUGUACCCCACGGAGAUCACCAUCCAUAGCAAUGGGUCCUGGCCCUGCCAGCCGCCUGGAAACCUUGUCAACCCUCUCAACCUUACUCUCUCUGAUCCUGGAGACAAGCCACAUUCUCCACAGCGCAGGCGGAGACAACUGGAUCCAGGGGGAGACCAAGGUUCCCCACCUGUCACGCUAGCUGCUGCCAAAAAAGCCAAAUCUGAGACUGUGUUGACCUGUGCCAGCGGCCGCGCCCGCUGUGUGUGGCUGGAGUGCCCCAUUCCUGAUACCUCCAACGUCACCAAUGUGACCGUGAAGGCGCGGGUGUGGAACAGCACCUUCAUUGAGGACUACAGAGACUUUGACAGAGUCAGGGUGGAUGGCUGGGCUACCUUGUUCCUGCGAACCAACAUCCCUACCAUCAACAUGGAGAACAAGACCACAUGGUUCUCAGUGGACAUUGACUCAGAGCUGGUGGAGGAGCUGCCUGCUGAGAUUGAGCUGUGGUUGGUACUUGUGGCCGUCGGUGCCGGGCUGCUGCUGCUGGGGCUCAUCAUCAUCCUGCUGUGGAAGUGUGACUUCUUUAAACCGACCCGAUACUACCGGAUCAUGCCCAAGUACCAUGCAGUGCGUAUCCGGGAGGAGGAGCGCUACCCACCUCCAGGGAGCACCCUACCCACCAAGAAGCACUGGGUCACCAGCUGGCAGAUUCGGGAUCAAUACUACUGAUACCUUCCCUGUCAUCCCCCCCCCCCCCCGCCCCCAGUGCUCCCUUCCUUCCUAUUUAUCAUAAAUUAUGACUCGGACAGUCCAAAAGGGGCCACACAUUUGGCUGGCACCAGCAGGCUCAGGCAUCUAUCCUCCUUCAGUGCAGGCAUGUUUUCUGGGGCCCUAGAAUCUCCUUCAAGACCUUGCAAUGCUGAGCAUAGCGCAGCUCUGCACAACGGACACACACACACACACACACACACACACACACACACACAUGCACACAGGGCCUACUGCUAAGGGCCUGUUCAGAUGUACCAUGGAGGGUGCCGUGUCCGAGCCUCUAUCUGUGCCAAAACCAAGCCAAAACGCCUCUACUGGGAGCCAGGAGGAAAAGGUCCCUGACGUGGUGACAUCUCUCUUCCACACCGGAUCCCCCUUGAGCCAUUGUCCCUGGACUGACUUUACUGUCCAGAAUAAAACUACUGACGACAAGGAGACAGUCGGGCCCAGCUGCAAUUCCCGGCACCUACUGGAGAGGAGGGCCGCACCAAAAGGGAUGUUCUUAUGACUUGUAUGCUCAGACUCAAGAGCAAUGGACUAAAAAGCAAGUCCCUAGAAUGGGCUUUUAUGAAUGGAUCUCCAAAACCUUGGCUACAGAUGAAGUUGGCAAGAAACGCAGCCCAAAGGAACAAAUCGAAACCAUGGACAGCCUGGACAUACUGUGCUGGGGCUGACCUGGAGCAUGGUGGCAUCCUUCAGAGAGCAGGGUAUCAAUCCUGGCCCAGCAGCAGAUAUUGACAGGAUGCUGAGGAAGAUACUCCUGACCCGUCCUGGCCACCUCAGCCUGAGCAAGGCCUGGAGACCCCACAAGACCACGUGGGGUGUGAUACUUGAAUGUAGGGCAGGGGAGAGUCCAAGCCCUGACCCAGCUGGCCAGACUUAACUCUGCUCCCUUGACCACAGAGAUGGUAUUCUGAGCUGCCUGUGGCUUUCGGAGAAACCCAGCCCUCCCCCUCCCCUAGGAGCUGCAUCCCCAUUCUGGCAGUGGAGGCUGAUUCCCAGGUCCUCUCCCGAAUCCCUGCCCACAGGCAGGCCCACUCCGCAGCUCUGCCCCUCCACGGUACUAUAGCAGCUUUCCCUACCCUGUGCCUUCUUUGUAUAUGGGCUUCUCACUAAAGUAAAUAAACAGUUCCCAGUUUGUA